CUUUUUAGCGUUGAUUGACCUGGUUUGGGCUCAAGGGGAUAAGCAACUCAUUUCAUUUUUGCUUGAUGCAGGUGAAUCAAGUCAACUUCUUACUUUUAACUGUCCCCGUACCAUGCCUUUAACUUUCAUAUAUAUUAGCUGAUCUUAUAAGUGAUUAAGUUCUGAUGCAAGUGCAAUGACACCGCCCUCCGGUGUAAAAAGGCCGCUUAAGGCUGCCUGUGAAACCCCUCGGGCACAGAACGCGCCGGUAAAACGCGCUAGACAUAAGAGCUCGAGCAAGACGAGCACGGCGGUCUGGGACGUGACAGGCCGCUACAACCUUAGUUGUGCAAAUAAGUACCAGCCCGUGGACGCCAACGAUUAUGUUUUGGAUAUGCGUUAUACGCAUACCGGCUCUCAUACCUGCCAGCUAUAUGCCUUUUUUAAUUUCCCAAACCUGAACCUGACUGGCAGGAUGCGUUUGUGCCCGAAGAAUGCAAUCGCAUCAAGUUCUAACGGAAAACUCUUUCUCAAUGAUUUCGAAGCUGCGUGUGAGCUAGCUGAGGAUAUUAGACCGGGCCCGAAGUCGAAGGAGUGGUUGAUGAGGUGGCGAGGCGAGGAGGACGGCUUCCGGCUUGGUGGGGAGACUCGGGCGCAAGGACAAUUCCUAUUCGAAGAGGAAAAUGACUCCGGUGAAACUGACAAGGACCCCAAGAUACGAAUCAAGUUCGCCAUGGUGCACAAGGGCAAGCACAUAAUCCUAGAAGGAAUACAGCAAGACACGAGCCCGGAGACCGACGAGGAGAAGGCUGCCGCCGAAGAUCCGACGGCAAAAACCGAAGCAUCCAGGAUGCUCGAGGAUUGGAAGCAGCUAUACGAACCAUUGUGGGAACAAAAUUCCCCUUCAGAUACUGAAGAGGAUGAGCGCGAAUUACUUGUGUUGCAGCCGAAUGGCGCGCCCUUGCCCAAACCUCACAACAAAUGGGAGAAUCCACGUACGGGGAGAAUCAUUUCAACUAAAAACAAACCCGGACCGAUUCCCGGAUUUGUUGUCAACGCGAGCGCGACCUCACGCUAUCUUGAAGAACGUCCUGGCUGGGCCUGGAAUGUUAUGGGGAAAUAUGAGAUCAGUACUGUUGGGCUCACUAAGGCUUUGGGUAUAUCCGAAGGCGAGCCCGUGGCUAUGACCAUGACGGUCCAAAUGGAUAAUAAUUCGAAGCACCAAAAAGCUGGCCGGCAGCUUUGGGCUAUAAUCGAAGCUGAUGACUUACUCGCCAUUGCACGCUUUCGGCCAAAUCCCACACCGAACAAUUUAUCAGAGGACCCAGUAGAGGUCUUUGAGAAAGCUUGCGUCCUGAAGCCAGGAGUAUGGGUUGGCCCUAAGCCGCAAGGCACGCAGAAUUGGGAGAUGCGUUGGAGGGGUUUCUCUGAUGCUAGCUUGCAGACGAUGGCCGAGGAUGUUGUAGGGUCGGAAGUCAUGUUCACCAAAGAUGAUCAGGGAAAGCUGGUAUUUAGAGGUAAGAUAAUAGUUGAAGAUGAGAGCUUUUUGGUGGUGGGGAGAUGGGUUGCGCCUACGGAAGACAGGCGUCCCACGGCUCCUACGAUUAACACCGAGUGGGCGAAGUAUUUUAAGGGGAAGCCUGCUAUAAAAAUACGCAGACAUCCAGAACAUAUUAUUGUCCUAGAUAAAUACUGUCAAUCUACACUAACCUGAGCGGCUUCGUGCCCGCUUAUGUGUGCUAGCUUGUGCUGCUUAACAUGCCUACCGCGCAACCGCGUACCGCGGACGCCCACAUGCGACGUUUCCCUUUCACAUACAGUCGAGUUUACUUAAUGUCAUAGAUCUAUAGGAAUAUCCUAAUUGUAGUCCUGUGUUGAUGAGUUCUAUCUAGAGCUGAUGUAUGACCUCCUUAAUGACACAUCAUGAAACUCGUGUAAUGGGAGAGACUGCCUAAGAAAAUAAUGGGUAAAAACCGCAAUUUACUUUGCUUUUAGAAAGUCUAAAGCCUCGGACAGUAGAAGUAACUUAAGGUGUAUUAAUGAUUUGCGCAAGUCUCACGGUUGUAGAGGCGAGUGUAGGG